AUGCCCGACCGGAUUCUUGGAUAUAUCCCAGACACCUUCGCCUCCCCCGAAGCGAUGAAGGCAGAGAUGCUCGCUACGGCUGAGGCCAUGUUCGGUUCCGGCUGGGUCUGGUUGGUUCUUGACAUGGGAAAGCGCCUCCGUAUCCUGUGCACAUACAAUGCGGGCUCGCCUUACGGUCAGGCUCAUAGACGCCAGGAAACGGACAUGAACACUACCGGCAAACUCCAGCGAAGUGCUGAAUACAGUGUCGCUACUGCAAAAGCUAACAAGCCUUACGGAGCACAAGAAUUUAUCCCUCUCUUGAAUAUCAACUGCUGGGAGCAUGCUUGGAUCGUAGAUUAUGGUGUCAGGGGUAAACAAGAGUAUCUGGAGAACUUGUGGGAAAGAAUAGAUUGGGAGAAAGUUGAGUCCCGGUUGGGCCUAAUGAGACCCUCGAGGGUGAUGUAUUAA